CAAUCCCCUCCACAGCUUCUUCCUGGAAUCUUUUAAGUUACUUCAGAAUCCAGAUAAGCCUUGGACUGGGGAUGCGCUAACCACAGCAGGCACCAUGGGACCCUCUAGAGUAAUCAGAAAGAAGACUUCCAAAACCUGAUGUGAUGUCUCCUGCUGGAGACGGGGCGCGAGGUGCAGGGAAGGGGAGGUGGCCUGACCCAGGGCGAGGAUGACGAAAUGCUGAAGCGUGAGCUGGAGGAGAGACGCAACGGGCACCAUGGAAAAAUCCAAAACCAAGCAAGGAGAGAAUGAACACAUGCCGGUGAAUAACCCUUCCACACAGAUUUACCAGCUGCAGGCCCUGGCCUCGGAACUGAAAACGGGCUUCACAGAAGCAAUGCAGGAGCUGACACGGAUCCAACAUGGAGAAUACGCUUUGGAAGAGAAGGUCAAGAGCUGCCGAUGUUCAAUGGAAGAGAAAGUCACGGAGAUGAAGAAUUCAUUAAACUACUUCAAGGAAGAGCUGAGCAAUGCAAUGUCCAUGAUUCAGGCCAUCACUUCCAAGCAAGAAGAAAUGCAGCAGAAAAUCGAACAGCUGCAGCAGGAGAAGAGAAGAGAAUCUCGAAAGGUCAAAGCCAAGAAAGCCCAAAAGGAAGAACAUGGCGCGCAGGCCGGGCCGGCAUCUGCGCCCGCGCCUGCGUCUGCGCCGACGCAAGGAAGCCCCUUCCGCUCCAUCAAUGUCCCUGAAGCCGGUCUCCCCAGUGACGACUUCACCAACAUGUUGCCUUCUCAGAACUAUGAAAAAGCCCAAGAGUCAAGAUCUGUUCAUGUAGGAGAUAGCAAUGUGAAGGGGAUGAUGGGUCCUGGAGUGAACCCAACAACUCCAGAAUCAGAUGAAAACCUUAAGCCUUCUCUCUCAGCCGAGAUCCAGUCCAAGGGCCAUCACACACCUGGCCUGUGGAGACAGCCUAAGGAAGGCAAAGAAUGGGGCGAGGAAUAUGUCACAAAAGAUCACCCAGAUAAGCUGAAGGACGCUGGCCAGGGCAGACACAGCUCCCUGGAAAACGUUCUGUGUGAAACCUCUUUAGCUGCAAAAAGACAAACUGUGGCUCUGGAACUGCUUGAAUCAGAACGGAAGUACGUCAUCAACAUCUCGCUGAUCCUGAAGAUAAAGGCCACCUUCCAGGGCUCCGAUGGAAAGAGGAACCCCAAGGAGAGAAGCCUCUUCCCUGGCUCCUUGCGCUACCUCGUCCAGCAGCACUUGGACUUGCUUCACGCGCUGCAGGAGAGGGUCCUGAAGUGGCCACGCCAAGGAGUCCUUGGAGACUUAUUCCUGAAGUUGACAAAUGAUGAGAAUAAUUUCUUGGAUUAUUAUGUUGCCUACCUGAGGGAUUUACCCGAAUGCAUCUCAUUGGUUCAUGUUGUGGUACUGAAGGAGGGUGAUGAAGAGAUUAAGUCGGAUAUCUACACCCUGUUUUUCCACAUAGUACAGCGUAUCCCCGAAUAUCUGAUACAUCUGCAGAAUGUUCUGAAGUUCACAGAGCAGGAGCACCCAGACUAUUACCUCCUACUUGUGUGUGUUCAGCGCCUCCGAGUGUUUAUCUCUCAUUAUACCCUGCUGUUUCAAUGCAAUGAAGAUUUGCUUAUUCAGAAACGGAAAAAGCUCAAAAAGUCAUCUAUGGCAAAGCUGUACAAAGGGCUGGCUUCCCAGUGUGCUAAUGCUGGCCAAGAUGCUUCCCCCAAUGCAGGCCAGGAGGCUGUCCACGACAGUGGGGUCCACUCAGAAGAAAUGCUCCAACCCUAUCCUUCCUCUUCCAGUUCUGCCCCUGCUGUCAUACAUCUGAUGGCCCCGGCAAAGAAAGGCCAGCAGCAGCAGAGCCUCAUGGAGAGCAUGCAGCCCGGGAAGCCUGGAGACUGGGAGCUGGAGGGCAGAAAGCACGAGCGGCCGGAGAGCCUGCUGGCGCCGGCUCAGUUCUGCGCGGCCGAGCAGGACGUGAAGGCGCUCGCCGGGCCUCUGCAGGCCAUCCCGGAGAUGGACUUCGAGCCGUCCUCCGCCGAGCCGCUAGGCAACGUGGAGCGCUCGCUGCGCGGUCCGCCCGAGCUCCUGCCCGACGCGCGCGGCUUCGUGCCCGCCGGCUACGAGGAGUUCGAGUACGGCGGCGAGAUCUUCGCGCUGCCCGCGCCCUACGACGAGGAGCCCUUCCAGGCGCCGGCGCUCUUCGACAACUGCUCGCCUGCCUCCUCCGAGUCCAGCCUGGACAUCUGCUUCCUGCGGCCCGUCAGCUUCGCCAUGGAGGCCGAGAGGCCGGAGCACGCGCUGCAGCCGCUGCCCAAGAGCGCCACGUCGCCGGCGAGCAGCAGCGGCGCCUACAAGCUGGAGGCCGCGCAGGCGCAGGCGCAGGCGCACGGCAAGGCCAAGCCUCUGAGCCGCUCGCUCAAGGAGUUCCCGCGCACGCCGCCCGCCGAGGGCGUGGCCCCGCGCCUCUACAGCACGCGCAGCAGCAGCGGCGGCCGCGCGCCGCUCAAGGUCGAGCGCGCUCCCGCCCCGCACGGCCCAGCCGCCGCCGCCGCCGCCUCCCGCGGGGCGCCGCGGACCUUCUUCCCCCAACAGAGGUCCCAAAGCGAAAAACAGACCUAUUUGGAAGUAAGGAGGGAGAUGCACCUAGAGGACGCCACUCGAUUCUGUCCAAAGGAAGAGAGAGAGAGUGAACAGACCUCUUUCAGCGACCAAAAUCCUAGGCAAGACCAGAAAGGGGGCUUCCGCAGCUCAUUCCGCAAGCUCUUUAAAAAGAAGUCCAGUGGAUCAGAAUACAGGGAAAAAACUAAUGAGAACCCCUCAAUGGAUCCUUCACCCACCAAACAAGAUCUCUUCAGAAACCGACUUGCUCUUGCAAAUGACCUUGACCAAGGAACAGCUGUGUAAACACACUUACAGUUGUAUUGUCGAGUGGUAAGAGGAGGGUAAAAGCUUGUCUAUAUCUCUGCAGGAAUAUAUAUAUAUAUAUCAAUGUAUAAAUCCCUAAGGAAGACUAAUAUAAACAUUUACAUAUGAAAUUAAAUCAACAUACAAGAUACUGAAGAGAUGAAGAUUAGCCUAUGGUUAAGACUUGGCUUUAUGAACCUCAGGAUUGGGAAAAGGGAAACGAAGACUUUCCACAUCAUUACAGGAAAAAGCAUACUAAAUUUGGAGGAAAAUAAAUGUUUGUAAGAACAAAAACUUGCACCUUGAAGUCAUUCCCCAAGUAUAAUAAUAAUAAUCGUGUUCAGUUUUAGCAUGGAUGUGAAUUUUGUGCUUCCUAGGAAUUUUAAUGCAUAGUUCAUGAAUUCAUCCCACUGUGCUUAGACCAGAACACUCUAUGUGAGGGUCCAAUUGUGUUGCUUCAUAUCUUUCAGACCUCAAGGCAAAAUAUAAUGUCUUGUAAGGCAUAGGGUUAACAGAACCGAAUUUUAUGUGUACAAACCAGAGUUCUAAAGAAUUUGUCCUUAAAAAAUUACUUAGAAGCAUCAAAACUUAAAAACAUAAUGCUCUCCAACUUGUUCUAUGCUUAUGGAAAUCAGUAGAGGGAACAGGGGUGGGACCAAAGACAAAGAAAUAUGUUCCUUGUGUGGACUGUGUUGGGGACUGCAGCAGUCGCCGAUCCAGUAGAUCUCAUGAGUGUGAGACCCACUCAAGCCCAGACAGACCAGGAGAGAAGGAGCACUGACUUAGCUCCACCCUCUUUCAAAGGCUUUGCACCCAUGGUCUGGGACAUGCCAGGCAAGUGCUCAGCCAUCGAGUUACAUCCCCAGCCCUGAAACCUUCCUUUAGUCUUGGCUGGAGCUGACCCCAGCACCAGUUCUCUAAUGGUCACAUUUAUACAGUGAUUACUACAAACACAGAUCAGAGUGAAAACUCAGGAGUGUAAUAUGCAAGUCUCUGAGGGGCAACAGAAUAGAAGCUUUUAUAGCCCAAGUAGAGGACUAAGUCCUACUUGAGUGAGGCCUGCCUAUCUCUGGAGUAAUACAGUGUGCUCUUGAACCUAGACACGCUGCAGAUGGCCAUGCAUCCUUUUCCUUGAUUGACCCCAAACAUCAGAUUUAUAAUAGGAAGAAACAAAACAAAGAGGUUUAGACCACUUGACUCUGUGGUAUGCAGUUGCCUAAAGACAGUAUUAGUAUUCACACUGGCUUCUGUAGAAAUGCACUGCUGGAUGCUUUUUUUUAAGUAUUACAACUUUCUCUUUGUCCAGUGAUUAAUUGGGAACACAUCUGUCAGCAUACAAUUAAAUAUGUGAAACAUAUAAAGGAUUACUACAAAUUUUUUGGAGUUUCAAUAUUUAAAUAUCAGCUAAGGUUUUCAUUUCCUGGAAUUUCAUAGACCACUGAAAUCAGAUUUUUACCAGGCUAAAAUUGUUCUGGGCAGUGAUUAAAAGUACAAUGCCAAAUCAACCGGAUGUGGAGAGUAAAACAAACUACAAACAAAAAUAAGAAUUCUCUUCCUUUCAUAACCUGCUUGUCAUCAAAACAGUAGGUUACUAGAAAGCUUUAAAAUAUUACACGUCUCUCGGGUUUUAUUUUGACAGCACACCCUUUCUCUAUCUGCAGACCACUAUUGUAUAUUAUUAAGCUAGUAGUAAUGUGGCCAGUCUGGGUCCCUACUUCCUGAUAACUGGAUGCUGGAUGAGUGCAGCUCUUCCUACCUACCUCUGAGCGCUCCUGCUUCCCAGAUCCCUAGCACAUCCACAAUACCAAACACAGCUCUUGUCUACACUCAGAUUCCCAAGUCCUCGCCAUCACCGUUUGGGGUCACUCGCUCUAAGGACUUUAAGUUUUCUGACCGCGGUUCUGCAUAAACGGAUGCAACUAACCCGGGCUCUCCCCUGCCACUGAGCCCUGCCCUUCCA